AUGGGUCAACUGCCUGCUACGACUGUCUAUGUUACACAACAGGUACCAUUUCUGGGUACCCAGCCAGCUGCCAUAACGUGUCCUGCGUGUCGAACUCAGGUUGUUACAAAUGUGGAUUAUGUGAGUGGUACUGCUGCAUGGUUAAUAUGCGUAUUAAUAGCAGUGUUUGGUGGAGUAUUUGGUUGUUGUCUUAUUCCCUUUUGUGUUGAUUCAAUGAAAGAUGCCGUUCAUUAUUGCCCAGCUUGUAAGGCACAAAUUGGCAUAAGACGAGUAAUGUAA